ACGACUGGGUCAGGUGGCGCUGCUGUUUCACUGCAAGUGCAUAAAACUGUGUAUUAUUAUUGUUGCACUUUAUUGCAUUUAUUAAAAAUCUAAAUAACUAAAGUUAGAUAGACGUUAAAAUUUAUUUAAACAUGGAUUCUGAUACUGAAUUAUUUGAAGACGAGGAGGAGAUUCUUGUAUAUGUUGAAUUUGAAGGAUUUGUUAAUAAUAACAUAUUUACAAAUGGACAACUUCAAUUAGAUAUGGUUGGAAUAGAUACGGAUCAUCCUAUAAUGCAAAUUGAUGGAAGGUUUUAUGAAGGUACCUACGAAGACGUUGUAGGAACUUUUAUGUUUUUUGAAAAAGAUGACAAGCCCAUUGUCGAUGAUCCCAUAUUCGAUCAAACUCCAACAUUAAAAUAUUUUGGAAAGACUAGGAAGGUAUUAAAAAUGCAAAGGGUAUUUGUCAAACAGAGGACUGAAGUUCUUGGAGAUUCUGAACAUAGUAAAUGUAUUCCAAAUAAAGAUACAAUUAAACAGGCUGGUGUACCACCUAUGUAUCAAUCACAAGCACUUUCCUUUUGGAAGGAUAUAAGAGAUAACAGAAUAGAUGCUUUAUGUGCCUAUUUGGAAAAACAAAAAAUUCGAGAGGAAAAGAAGUCCCAAGGUAUUGCAUUAGAUUCAGAAUCUGAUGAAGAUAAUCCAUUUGCUAUGUAUAAAUAUAAAGAAGAACAUAAAAACGAGAAAAAUUUGGAAAAUAAUAAUACCAAUUUAGUUGUGGAUCCAGUCAAGUCUUCUACAAAUGAAACAGUUUUACAAGAAAAAGGAAAUAACGAAGAAAUUAUAAAAGAUAAUGUUAAUAUAUUAGAACACAUCAAUCCUGAACCAUCUACUUCAAAAGCUAGUAAUUUCUCUAUUGAUACAAAUAUUAAAAAAUGCAAAUCUGUUAAAGUAAUUAGAAAAAAGAAAGAACGUAUUGUUAGAAGUAAAUCAACAAAAAAACAGAAAAAGAAAUCAACAAUUGUAGAAGAUAAAUCCAUACAAAAUAAUGACGAUCAUAAUACAGAAUCAACACUCUUAACAUUGGAUAACAUUCCUGAAGAUUCUAUCACGAAUACUGAAAUGAAUAAUCUAGUCAAUAUUGUAAAAAAUACUUCUAAUAUUACGGAUGAUGUAGAGACAGAUAAAGAUACUAAUAAAAAUGCUAAUACAGAUGAAAAAAAAAUGGAAAUCGUUAAUGAUCUUGUAGAUGAUGUUGAUAAAAAGCAUAAAAAAUUAUUAAAACGUGAGGCAAAAAUGAAAGAAUUAUCAGAAAAAUUAAAAUCCGUGGCAGAAGAAUUUGUCAAAGCAAAUAUAAAUCAGUGACAAGAUUAUUGGUUAUGUAGAUUCUAAACUUGUAAUAAAAUAUAAUUGAGUAGUUGAUGGAGGGGGGAGAAUGGUCUCGACGAUGUUUUAAGCAUCACAAUCGAAAGAUUGAUUGGCACUCGUAUAGUAGAGUAUAGUACAGAGUAGA